GUUCAAACGGGAAGACAUUGCCUGCUGCGAUGCGUAAAAAACGAUCGCUGCUUUUCCACAAACAUCGGGGCAUUUUAUCUACCAACUGGAAAUGUCUCGUGCGAUUUACUCCCAACUGACAAGUACAAUGCGUCCAAGAAGUUCAAAGCGAAUCAUACUUUCCAUCACUACAGCAUUAUGAGUCCUUGUGAAAGUUUUCCCUGUCAGCACGGUGGAACCUGCCGAGCGCUUUACCAGACUGAUGACUACCAAUGUACAUGCACAUCAAACUUCAUCGGCAGAAACUGUGAGAACGACAUCAACGAGUGUAGUGUUGUUCAAAUCUGUGACGUAAACGCCAACUGCCAGAAUACCCUUGGGUCUUACAGUUGCUCGUGUAAGCGGGGAUUUUAUGGAGACGGCAAAACCUGUGCUCUUCGAGAUACCUGUCAAGACGUCNCCACGUUAUGGUCAUUUAACACCUGUCAAAACAAGAUACCUGUCAAGACGUCUUGCAAGGCAACUCGACCGCUAGUGACGGAACUUACGUGCUAUCUUCGUCAUUAA